AUGGCAACAGACCUCCUACAGGCUCGCGCCUCCAAAACCGCCCAACUCUACGCCGACCCGCACAAUCCACACCUCUACCUCGAUCGCGCCCGCCUCUAUGAACAACUAGGCUUCCCCGAUCUCGCGGCGGCGGAUGCGUAUCGCGCUCUCUCGCUGCUGGAGUCUGUCGUUGAUCCGGAUGGAUGCGAAUUCCAUGCUAGGAAGGUUGAUACUACUGUCACUGCGGAGAAGAAGAAUCGUGAUGAUGGUGGUGAGGAGGAAGAUGAAGACGAGGAGGACGAGGACGAGGGAAUACCCGUGACGCAGGAGGAAUACGAUGCAAUCAUUGGCGAUGUAUAUGCCGUGCUAGUGCGCAGUCUCGUCCGAUGUGGCUGCUAUCGCGAUGCGUUUGAAUUCGGCGUCCGUGGACUUGGACUACUGCGCGAAUUGGAUUCGGAGAAGAGCGCGGGUUCUAUCGCCAUUUUGAACGAGCAGAUGGACUCUAUCAAGAAAAUUUACCAGUCGCGCACGGGUAUCAAUGACGAUAUCAAGCUAGAUGCAAUUGACUCCGCUAUCCUGCCAGCUCAGGGCUUCGCUCGUCGCAUCUUGUAUCCCUGGAACGAACAUGAACCCGAUCGCCGUGCGCCGGAGGAACUCGUCCUCUUGAACGAGAGACUGAAGACCGUCGCGCCGAAAUGCGAGGUUCGUGCCGUGGCUUUACCGGCUCUACAUGGAGAUACACCCGACGAAGACGAAGUCUCCGUACAACUGGGCCUCUUCGCAAAGGAAGAUAUCGCCCCGGACGAGAUUAUCCUGCGCGAGUCCUCGCUGUUGACGGCUACGAAUCGUUUACACGAUGAUCUCUGUGAUGCUUGUAAUGCGCCUCUUCCAGAUCUCUCAGCUGAGAACCCGCCUGUUGGAUGCGAGGGCGGUUGCGCCGAUACAAUCUUCUGUAGCCAGGACUGCCACGAUACCGCGCAGAAGGUGUACCACGGUGCGAUCUGCGGUCUGGAAGAUGGUCUCGAGUCUAUCGGCAAGGAUAUCCCCGACCCAAAGGAUAAAGCGGAUUAUCUGUACCUACUCCUGCUAGGCCGAGCCCUCGCCAUGUCUGCCACACAAGACGUCCACGCCCUUGAUCUCCCAGAGGUCAAGUAUAUCUGGGGAGAUUUCCACGACUUUGAUCUCAUCCCUUCCGCAACCUCCACGCUAUCAAAAGACGAAUCCGCCACCCUCCCCUUCUCCUUCCAACUAAACAUCCUCCAACCAACCCGCUUCCUCGAAGAAAUGGAACUAAACCCCUACACCACCCUCCUCCGCUACGACACCUGGAUCCUAAACACCCUCUACGCCAAAUUCCGCGGCACCGCCUCCGGCCGCCUGUCCACCUGGGACGGCGGUCCAGAGCUCUGCGCCGUCCAUCCACUCUGGUGUCUGGCGAACCACUCGUGUGAUCCGAACGUGCGGUGGGAGUGGGGUGGGGAGAUUACGUUCCGCGCGCGGAAUGAUGAGGAGACUGCUGUUUGGGCGCGGACUAGGGAGGAUGGCAGGAUUGAGAUGAAGGAUGCUAAGAAAGGUGGGAUUAAGCGGGAUGAGGAGAUUUUGAAUCAUUAUUGUGAUAUUGGGUUGGGGGUUAAGGAGAGGAGGGAGUGGGCUUGUGGGGCUUUGGGGGGGAAUUGUAGGUGUGAGAGGUGUGUUUGGGAGGCGAUGGAGGAUUAG